UCGGCAUCAAUUUCAUCAAAGAUGGCGUAGCGCAAUCGUUGCAUAUCGUAGGAAAAGACGUAAAUCCAUAGAUUCCCGUAGAAAGUUUUCAUGCCUGUUGUUGCUUCGACGCCAGACAUGUGCGAAGAGUCGCCGAAGUCCAAAAUAUCAUUGGAUGUCGAGGUGUUCAAGCCCAGCAAGACUUUGGCAGUGGUGCGAUCGGCCGCCGAACCGACGAAAAUACGUACGGUGAAAGUCUUGGACGAAGAUGCAUACACCGCUGAAAUCGGCAAGAUCAUCGAGCGGGACUUCUUUCCCGAUGUGCCCAAGCUCAGAGCACAGAAUGAGUACCUCGAUGCUCUCGAAGCUAACAACAUUACCAAGUUAAGGGAGCUGCAGGAAAAGUAUCGCCACCGUGGCAGCACCCGGAGCGUGCUCCGUUCAAUACAAACACCAUCGACAUUCGAAACUCCAUCUCUGGAACCCAGUGCCACGCCAGUCCCAUCGGAAUCUGGUCAUGCCUCUGAUAACCAGGGCUCAUCAGGGCUUGUGCCUGAAAGUGAAGAUGGUGGAGACAUCUCAUCGCAGGGCAGCCAGCUUUCGCUGGACGCAUUUAUGCACAAACACACCAGCGAGGACAACGCCUCCUUCGAAGUGAUGGUUGCCGAGGCCGAGCGGCGGCAUCGUGAGAAGCAUGCCUGGAUGUAUCAUGACGAGAAGGCUGAGGGGGCACCACUAGAUGCCAUGCUUGAGGGUCCAGCGCCAAAGCUGGCAUUGGAAGGGCCUUCAUCAGCUGCCGAGUCAGAAGGCACGAGUAACGGGAGUAACAAGCCUCUCAUCACUUGGCGUUACACCAACAAGAACUCACUCAUGUACAUACCUCCAGGAGCAGCACUGACAGAGGAGGAGAAGCGAGAGCGUGGCCCAGGCCGAACCAUUGCUCAUUGCCACACACGUCUCGAACGGUCGCCCUUUGAUGAGAAUGCCAACAAAGAAGCGCUUGCUCAGGCAGCCAACGCCCAGGCCAAGGCCCUCGAAGGGAAACUGGGUGUGGAUGGCCGGGAGCUCCAGCCCGGAACAGCUUCACCCAAGGUUGGCGGCUUCGGCUUUGUGGCCACACCGUCACCUGCACCAGGUGUCAAUGAGACUCCACUGCUGACGUGGGGUGAGAUUGAAGGCACACCUUUCCUACUGGAUGGAAGUGACACGCCAUUGCCACGCAACCCCGGUGGGCCCCAGUUCCGGAUACCAGAGCCCCGGUCUAGGGAGAGACUGGCUCACUCUCUAGCAGACGGUGCAGCUCGCCGCAGUGCAGCCCAGAAGAAUGCGGCUCUCGACCGUGCUCGCUCCUCCCUGCUCAGCCCAAGGCUAAGCCCUUCCCCCAAGUCGCCCCUGGCAUGCCUUGGCACCAUGUCACCCGCUGCACGCCAUCUGGCAUCGGCCAAGCUGGGCAUCUCCAAAGGUAUAGACCGGGCGCUGAGGGCCAGCUACACGCCGAAGACUGCCACUCCAGGCACGCCACUUGUAAGCGGCGCCACCCCAUCGCCCCUCGUGCCUUCGCCUGCCUCCCGGAAAGAUUCAUGCCGACGGGAGCCCUACCUCUCUGGCAGCGACAGCUCUUCACUAACUGACAACCUCUUGAAGCUUCCUGUCAAGCGCAAAGCAGCUGCUGACUUCUUUUGAGCAGUCUGGGGAAAUGUACUUGCAUCUUGCUGCAAGUGCACUUCAGGAUCUGCAGCGAUCUUGGAGUCAACAGGGGGCGCUACCUGACAGCCUCCUGAUGUUGCCCGUCAAGACGAAAGCUGCAACAUACUGAUUCCAGUGAGGUGUCGUUCUGUCACAUCAACCUGUCUCCAGUGACUUUGCUGUGAAGGGGAACAAUGGACUUGCAUUGUAGUGUGGGCAAGCGUGACUAAAGUCAGCAUUCAUUCAUUGUACAUACAAUCCAAUUCGCCUUUUGGCUGCAAACUAUGCAUCCACAAAGAAUUUUACUAGUACUCUACCAUCAUUAAGCAGUUCGAAAACAAUGUGCAGUGAUAGCUUCUGUCAGCAUGGGCUUAACAAAGCAACAUUGUCACGGUGAGAAUUAUGAGCUCUUCCUUGAUAUCGCAUUAUGUAUUGUGCCAUUUGAAGAAUUUACCAGACUUUUGCAGGGUCCUGAACAGCAUUUUCUUACAUUGGCAUUUGACAGGGCAUAAAUGUCCCUUGCCCUGGUUUGUAAAACGCGUAGUAGAAGAAAUGCCUUUGGUGCCUUUCGGCAAAUUUUUGUAGCUUGAGAGCCACAGUUUUCCAUAGCGAAACUGAACGCAUGCCAUUUGGAGCGUUACUUACUAGUAUAUAUGUAUUACAAAAGGUGCAUCUUGUGACUAGUAUAUUAUUUGUUCAUGCUGUUCAUUUGGCUGUAAGGUCAUUCUGGAGCUUUCAAGGUCAUUCAUCCAAUAUAAUUUAUAUUUUUAUGCAAGACAGUCAAUUCUUUUCAAGAAUCUUGACCAAAUUUAAAAUUGUUUUUUGUGCUUUUUGGUAAGCUUGUGAACUACAGGUGACCAGAGCACUGUGUCAUUGCGGAUGCUUUUUGUAUGUUUUAUUUCAAUAGCUAAUAGUGCCACGGCAAUUUCUGUAUUCGUCUUUCUUAUUCUAAAACACAUUGUAAGGUGACUUCUUUGAAUAGUGUCUAUCUUUCUUCUGAAUAAUAUGAGUGUUCAUUCUGUAUUUCUAAACCAACAACACUUGAAAAAAAGUGAGUUUAGCUUAUUAGAGUAAGCUGUGUGCACUGAUUAUAAAACAACUAUGCAUCAUAUGCUUCUGGCUUACUAUAUUUGAUGAUGACAGCACAUGAUGAUAGCAACACUAAUGCUAAUAGGCCAGGGGUUAGACCAGUGAUUUGAUAAAAAUUGCGUGGGAUAAGCAAACAUAUUGACAAUUAUUCUUGAGGUUCUUUUGCUUAGAGAGCUCAUGGUGAAUCUGCUGGUGGCACAGAGAGGGCACUGUACGCUAGGAAACUGCCAACAGAGCUUUGUCAGGAGGCAGCAUCAGUGUUUUCCUCCAUAGAAAAGUUCACUAAGAGUGGUCUCAUUCAUUUUUGAGUGCAGCAUGUUUAUAUUAUAAAUUAUUGACAACUGUUUACAGAUAAUUGCCACGAUGACAUCUGUCAGUGGCAUUUGGUUCCUUUCUGAAGUGAUGGCCCCACUCAUCUCUCAUCAUGCCAUUUUCUCGUUUGCGGGAAGUCCGCUUUCAGUAGCAUUAGUGUACUUAUUAUUUCACAGUACUCUAUUAAUAUUGGUUUAACUUCAGCCUUUAGUGUUCCUCUAAAGUUACCUUGCCAGUAUAACUGGUAUUUGGUGCAGCAAAAUUUCUCGCGGCGCUUGCAGUUCUGCCAAUAAGUGGGAACAAUCUAAAUGGCACGUCUGUCCAGCCACCAUAGCGUUGUGCUACAGCUACCGCGGAUAAUGGUAGCAUUGCAUCUUCAGAUGCUGUCAGGUAUAACUGAUAAAAAAAGGAGUGGGGCACACUGUCACAGGUGUCCUUUAAAAGCGUGGGUUUAUCCAUUACCUGUUUUCGUGAAGAGUGAUAUUAUUGUAGCACUCUUUGUGAUUCCUGAAGAAAAAGGGUUCCUUUCGUAUAGAGAUUUUCUUUGUUGCUUCCAUCAGGAAAAGGCUACUCAAACCUUCAUGUUAUUACAGUCUCCAUGCUGUUUACAAUGCCAGCAUCUCUACAUCACCUAGAGUAUCAGCAAAAGGCUGUCCAAGGUUUAAUGUACCGUACCUUGAUAUUUGGGAGAGAGAGAGAGAGAGAGAUAAUGAGAUUUUAUUUGUUAGACAAAAUUAUAAAAUUAUACCAUUACUUGCUGAUAAGAAGCAAUUACAAUGGUGUCUCAGUGUACAUGUGACUGUUCGAUGUAGCUUUUUGAAAAGGCCUCAAUUUCACUAUAUAUUGUUAGGCUGGGAUGUUCCCAAAUGUGUGAGAAAAGUUCUGUUGCCCACUUUUCACACAAAAAUUUGAACUGUCACUUAGUAUCUGUUUUGCCUUUAUUAAACCAUGCCUUGCUUGAUGUCAGAGUGGCAUUGGUUUUUGCUUUGGAAAUGGUAAACUUGUUCAAUGACACAUUUAACUGAAUCGAACUGCAUGCCUGUAAAUUGUUGUAUAUAUAUAAAAUUGUGAUAUACUUCAGUGUAUGUAUAUAGGUGCACCAAGUCCCAUUAAAGCCUUCAUAUUUACUGUUGUUACAGGAACACAUUGCUCAAUGAUAUGAUUGAGUUGAAGUGAAACUACACCUACUACCUAUGUGUGACAUGUGCACCCUUGUCCAAUAUGAAAUUGAACACCUCGUUUGUGUUCUAACAGCGAUUCUUGCAAACGUGCAAGUCAGAACUUCACUCACUGCUGUUAGUUAUGUUGUUCUCCUGUUGAAGAAUCUUGCUCAUGCAACUUUUCCUCAUUACAAGCACCCACAAUGAAAAUUACCAGCUUUGAACACAAAUCCGGUGUUCCAUUUCAUAUAGGACGAGGGUGUUCAGUCACAUGUCAUUAUAAACAAUGGACACAUAACAAAGUAAAUCUAAAGUGUUUUUUGAUGAUAUCAGCAUGUAAAGAAGAUAUGCUUAUAAUGAAUAUCAGAUAUAAUGAAGGUAUUUUUGUGUUGAAUGCAACUUAGUUAUAAUGAGGUUCAACUGUGCUCGUAUUCAGUUACAAGAAUGUGUAAUAAAGGAGCUUGCUACUUGGAAUAACUUUUUCUUGGCAUGCUGGUUUAGAAUUAUAUUGAUUUGGAUGUAUUGUGUAGCAAGUGGGUCAUAACCCAUAAGUGCAAGCUACAGACAUCUCUUUUAGAGGCAUCUUCAAAUUUCACUAGUGAAAGGACUAGGGAAGCACAUCGAUAAGAAACAAACACUACAGGGAAAAUGUGCCUCCCUGUUAUCUUUGUUCUUAUUGAACUAAAUUUUCUGGAUGAAUAAAGAAUAUCUGGCCUGACCAACAUUUCUAGGAUAAUUUUGUACUCAUAUUAAAUUUGUUUCCCCCACCCCUCUCAUUUUAUGUCCCUGUGGAUGGUGAGUUCAUGAACUUUCUUAUCUCUCCUUCACAAUAGGUGUGCUAUAUUCUCCCCCCCUUCCCCCCGUUUUUUUUUUUACUUUAUUGUUACUUUUUUACAGGAGUGGUGAGAAGUACCGUUUCACUUUCACCUGUGGACAAUGUUAGUUGCUGUUGUUGUCCAUGUCGUCCACUAAGGCAAGCUGAAAAAUAGUAGAUGGCAGAUUCGAUGCUGAGAUAAGAGUAGGUGUUUCCACUGCUGUUGCACAAUUAAAUGAGAUGCCCUGAAUAGAAAUGGUGUAGUAUAUCUUGGAAAAUGCCUUAUUGCUAGCUCACAACAUAUAUGGACGCAGCUACCAAUACAGAUGGUUGCAAUGGAAUAAACACUG